AUGCCGGACGUCCGUUUGAAACACGAACGAGUGGAACCCGCAAGUCCAAGCGAGAGAAACGCCGAGCAUGAGAGCUCCACUGCGUCGGAAGCAGCAGUGCCCCACGAUGCACAGAGUCGCAGUAACCGGCUCCUCGUUCAUGCGUGCAAUUGCGACAACGUCCAGUGUGAAGACCCGGAGUUUUGGAGUUUGUGCGGACACAUGAAGAGGUUCCUGCGCGCAGCCUGUUGGGCCUCCCAUAACGAGCAGUGGCGGUCGUACCCCAUUGCUACUGUCGUUAUUGAGCUCUUUACGUACCACGCACUGCACUGUCAGUCGACGCAGUGCAACGUGCCCAUGUGUCGACGGCUGCGUGGUUAA